CAACAGCUUCACGUUCCGUUUCUGUUGGUUCAAACAUCAGGUUGCCCUAUCCACCUUCCUCGACGCACCUGGACACUGUUUUACCGCCGGGUCUCAGGCAGCCUUCACUCCAAUGAUCUCAUUCUUCGAACCCAACAUAUCCAUUUUGAACCUAAGCAAUUUACAUCAUCAGUCCUAGCAUCCUAGGUCCUUCUUCCCAACGUUUCCCGUCCUCUUCCCAACCAUUGUCUAUCCUCUAUCCCAACAUCGUAUCCUCUAUCCCAGCAUUCUCUGUCCCCUAUCCCAAUAUUUUCUAUCUUUUAUCCCAGCCACCGUUACCUUUCAGAUCCAUACCAAUGCUUACCCUGUGGUCCCGCAUCGUACUAUCAAACGGUACAGUUGUUGCGAUGACCCUAGGAACUGAACCUCACUUUCGCCAAGUCAUACAGGGAUGGCUGAGAACAGAGCCGAAGUCAAUAAUCAUCACGACAAUAGAAGCACGCCGUACAAACAUUGAGGGAUUGGUGGAGGAAAUCGGAGACUCUCGAAUCAUGGUAAUGGCUGUGGAAACCGCUUCGUAUCGAGGACAGUGUUACGAAGCCAUCUCCAAGGUCACGACCGCAUUCUUCGUUGUUGUGGAUGACCGGUCACUGUGGGGUGUCUCCACGCUUGACGACAUCCUCGCGCCGUUCCGUGACCCCAGAGUCGGUGGCGUCACGGGACUACAAGCGAUAAAGCCUCGAAAUGGGAACACCUUGACCCAGUGGGAAACAUUUGGUGCUUUGAACCUCGCAAGGAGAAAUGUCUUGCACUCAGUUUUGGCAUUCUUCAACAAAGGCCAGGUUCUAAACCUUUCCGGCCGGCUUUCUGCUUACCGGACUUGCAUCUACAAAGACCAAGGAUUCCGUGAUCCAUUUCUACACGAGUUGUGGCUCAGAUGCUUUCCUAUCACGACUGGAGACGACAAUGCCUUAACCACUUGUUUGCUGCACAAAGGCUGGAGGACUGCGUUCCAAAACUCGCCGGGGGUUAUGAUCGCUGCCGGUGUAUCUCCGAACUGGCUCUACACAAGACAGCUGCUCCGAUGGCUGCGAGACACCCUUCGAUACUGUCUCUUGGACAUCACGUUUGCGUUCAAAACGCGGGAGAAAGACCAUAUUUUGCGUGCCGUUCUCAACAUUGUUGUUUAUUUCAUAACCGAUUUUGCGAUGAUAUUUUGA